AUGCCCGCCUCAUCCCCCUUCCGCCCCCUUCGUCCCUCACACGCCGCUCAUCCCUCCCCCCUCUCCUCCUCCUCGCCCUCGCGUCCCACCGCCGCUCAAACGCAAGUCAAACCUCGCGCGACGGGCGAAGUGGCGCAGAUGAGACUUGAAAGGUUGAGGAGGGAGUGCAGGGAGUUGGAGGAGGCGCUUGGGGGUGCUGAUCCCGAUAAGAUCGUCAAGGACCACAUCGAGCUUCUUCACCUCUACAACGAGCGCAAGGACGCCGUGCAAGUCAUCGUCGGCAAACUCGCCGCGCUCGAGCAAGUUCCGGUCAAUGAGAUCUUCCGCAGGCUCGGUAUCGAGGCGGACGACUAG